AAAAGAAGUCUGACUGCACAUUUAAGAAAAGCUGAGAAGGUGUCAUGUGCGUGUUGACUUCCGCAUAAAGGUUUGGGAUGUAAGAAGAGAGAUGAUGUUUUGUUGAGCAUUACUGGCAGAGAGAGAGAGAAACCUUUUCAACAUGACUGAACUUCACGGCUGGGUCUUCGCAUCCUGGAUUCUCUGUUACCUCACGAUUUCAAAAAGCAGCGACGUUAUUGUGCAGAGUUUCGAGGGUGAGAGUGUCAUUUUGCCAUGCAAAUAUGACAGCAGUUAUCACGGAAAAUGUCACAUAUGUUGGAUGAUAGGAGACAUUCCCAAUAUGGGUUGCGGUGAUGAGAUUAUUGGAAGUGAUGGAGACAGAGUGGUGAGGAAAACAUCGCACAGAUACCAGAUGGCUGGAGAAAUACAGCAUGGAGACGUGUCUCUGACCAUCCUGAACAUUCAGAAAACAGACUCUGGCAAAUAUGGAUGCCGCGUACAUGUGCCUGGAUGGUUCAAUGAUAAGAUGUAUUACGUCCACUUGAUUGUUAAUGACGCACUUAUUCCAACUACAUGGGAAACAACAUCCAUGUCGAGCAGCACAUCUGAGCGCGAAACUACAGGAGUUUUCAGCACUGCCAUGACAGAGGUUGAAAGGAACACAACGCAAGAGAGUUCUUCAUCCGCCUUUUCAACAAAUCCUCCAGAGAGCACCACUUCUGGACAGUGGUUCUCCAACACAACAUACGAAACCCCGUUUGAUCACCACGAAUCGUCCACCAUGGAAAAAAAGGAUAGCGUAAACACAUCUGCGGUGAUUGUGUCUGUCACCCUGUUACUGCUGGCUUUGAUAGUCAUUGCCGUCAUUCUAAUACUGAAGCAAAAGAAGAAAACCAGAGCUACGUUAGACAUAACCCAGAACUCGGACACCUCUGCCAUCUACAGUAACUCCAGCAGCAGCGUGGGCCUGUACAACAGAGAGAUGGCUGUGGAAAACGUCUAUCAAAUACAACCUGAAAAUGAAUAUGAACAGUGGCAUUAAUUCACAUUUACUCCUUACCUUUAAGUUGAUCGGUGUGGACUUUUUUCUGUUGUAUUUUCACUGUGUUUAUAAUAAUGUGUCGGCUAUUGCUCUGGACUAACCUUACUCUGAAGUCUAGCGGCUAACGCACUGCAACACUAUGUUAUUAAAACUAAUGGAAACACUUUCUAUGAAGCCUGUAUUUAUAAUACGUUAUAAGGCAUUGUAAUAAAUGCAUAAUGCAUUAUAAGAAAACCUUUGUUUUGGGAUCUGUGACUUGAGCGCACCUGACGCUUGUUUAUGCUAUUAUUUAAAGCGUUUGUCGUGGCCCGUGCUCCAAUUUUGUCAUUAUGUUUAGUUUCGCCUUCAUUCACUAUGAUAUUACUGAUACCGACGUUGAUGGCUAUUUUUGUUCAAUUUGGUUGCAGUAAAUAAAGUUGUGCCGCUG